CGACCAAUUGUUGAACUGUAUUCAGUCAGUUUAGUCAAAUUUGAAGGUAUGGUAUGUUUUGAUUCAGAAUUAACAAUAAAAACCCAAUUUCGACUUGUUCCGAAUGUCAUUUUGUUACGGAAGUUUGUACGUGCAGGUUGUACCUUUAGUGGGUGACUGUUUCUGUUUUGAAGUUUACCUAUCUGUUUUUCGACCUUACCGUCGCCAGUCUGUUGAAACGUGUUUGAACUUGUUGCAUACCUUCUCAGUAUUUGGUCACCUAUUGGUACUGGGUGGUUGGUUGCUUCCCAGUUUCGUUCAAGAUGGGCCGAGCGUUAAAGAGAAUUGUCGAUCAGCAAAUGAAAUUUGAUAGCAAAUUGGUGGGAACCGUAAAAAAACACAGACAUUUAUUUGAUAAAUCUCAUAAAUUAUUUGCUGAUCCGGAAACUUGGACUAAAACGUGGAUUAGUAUUGCGAACGAACUAGGAGUAACAGAAUCGUAUUGCGAAAAACGCUGGUUAUGCAUCGUCUACAGAAUGUAUGAUGAAGUUAUUUGGAUGAUAAGAUAUGAAAGAAAUUCACUAUGGCUGCUCUUCCCUCAGAUGGAUUUUCUGGAACAGUUCGUGUUAAAUGAGCUCGAAUUGCUUUCAGAUAACCCAAACCAAAUUGAUAUCGAGCUCGAUGAUGUUGAUUGAGGUCAUCUAGGAAAUAAUCUGCCGUAUACUUAGGAACUAAGGCUGCCAAAAAAUUGCAUAUAAUUAAUUAUAUGCGAAAAAUGGAAUGUGAUAUGGAACACGAAUGUGUUGAGCUUAUAGGUAUUUAGUAGUAUUUUAUAGAACUGCGGUUGUACCAAUUGUACAGUUAUAUUUUUCUUGUAAGAUAUCUAUCUACAACCAUCAUUAUACAUCUAUUCAAGUUCGAAGUCGACGACAAUAAUUUUAUUUUUUAUUUCUUUACUUAACCUUAUCAUAAGCACUGACUUUACAAAAUAACCCUGUAGUUUCCAUUGUCGUUAUUAACAUUUUAACCUUUUUUUGUAGUGUAUACAAAUUUUAUUAACAUUUAUUAUUGAUGGGUAUUAUGCUUAUAUACUUAUACAUAUAUUAUAAGGAAAUCGAUUGUCAUGUUAUGUACAGUUGUUAUAUUAAUGUUUGACAAAUAUUUAUGAUCAUUUUUCAUCUAUUUAUAGGUAUCAUAUGGUAAAUCUUAAUUUUUAAUGAUAAAUUGUUCAUGAUAAUUAUGGCUAUUAGUUGAUUUUUUAUAUUAGCAGUUUUCUUUAAAUAAAUAAACUACUUACUGUAGCAA